AUGGCUUCAGCGCAGAGACUGGUCCUGAGUCUGCUCUGCCUCCUGCCCCGCGCGUCUCCUCAGCGUCUCCUCUGCGUCUCCUCAGCGUCUCCUCGGCGUCUCCUUAGCGUCUCCUCUGCGUCUCCUCGGCGUCUCCUCAGCGUCUCCUCUGCGUCUCCUCAGCGUCUCCUCGGCGUCUCCUUAGCGUCUCCUCAGCGUCUCCUCUGCGUCUCCUCAGCGUCUCCUCAGCGUCUCCUCAGCGUCUCCUCUGCGUCUCCUCAGCGUCUCCUCGGCGUCUCCUCUGCGUCUCCUCAGCGUCUCCUCGGCGUCUCCUCAGCGUCUUCUCGGCGUCUCCUCUGCGUCUCCUCAGCGUCUCUUAGGCGUCUCCUCAGAGUGACAUGUGCUGAACAUUAG